AUGGUGAUCGACUCCUGGAUCACAUCCAACCACCUGAAGCUAUCCCCCGAAAAAUGCAGUGUAAUGAAGUUCUCGAGUGCUCGCCUGCCUGCCAAGCCCUCAUACAUUAUGCGCGGUAUCCCUCUUCCCUCGGAGGACUCACUGAAAAUCUUAGGUGUGACGUUCACCAGCACUCUGGACUUCAGCCUUCAGGUUGCAAGCGUCGUUGCUAGGGCUCGCCGCGUCCUCGGCUUCGUGUCCAGAGUCUCUAAACCAUGCGGUCCCGCUACAUUUGCCCUUCUGUACACAUCACUAGUGCUGCCUAUCCUUGAAUAUGGCUGCGCCGUAUGGUCACCCAACCAACAGCACCUUAUCGCCCGCGUCGAAAGCGUACAAAGAAGAGCCUCGCGCAUCCUCUACGCACGCUCCAUGAAGUCUCCGCCGGCGGACUACGCUACCCGCCUGAAGAUGGCCAAGUGGCGCCCUCUGCGUCAACGACAAGGAGUCAGCAGUACUGUGACCCAAAUGCGCCUGCUCUGUCGUCUACUCGAUGGCUCCCUGGCGGACACCCCCUUAUCGUCAGCAGUACGUGUGAAUAAACGCUCGGGUCAGCCGGAGCCUCUGCAUACACGAACUAAGCGUCACGGCUCCUCCGCCAUCCCAGCCGCCGUACGCGAGUUCCUCACUCUUCCCAUGAGUGUUCGCGCACCUCCCCCUCGCACCAGCGAAGACUCCAAACAGCUCUGUUCUCUGUACAGUCGCCAUUUGUCCAGCGAUUCGUGA